AUGCUAAAGAAGUUCUCUUUCGCUGAUUGCAAACGUACUAAGAUGCCAAUGUUCCUUACACGGAAAAUAUUUGUUGAUCAUUCAGGGAAAGAUGUGAAUCCUUCUCUCUACAGGGGAAUGAUUGGUUCACUUCUUUACUUAACAACAAGUCCCCUUGAUAUCUUGUUCGUUAGCAGCAUGUGUGCUCGCUUUGAAGCUAAUCUAAAAGAAUCACAUAUUCUCAUUGUUAAAUGGUUUUUUCGAUAUCUAAAGUAUACUCCAAAUCCUGGGCUAUGGUAUCCACAUGAUUCUGAUUUCAAUUUACUCGAUUACACUGACUCUGAUUAUAUAGUGUUUACUCUCGACAAGAAGAGCACAUCAGGAGAAUGUCAACUUCUGGGCAAUAGACUUAUCAGCUGGUCUAGUAAGAAACAAUCAUCAUUGGCAUGUUCAACCACUAAAGCAUAA